UUUUUAAUCUCUCCACUCAUUAACCCGCCAGGCUAAAAAAUUCUCAGUCAAGUUCUUCAGAAAUUUUCAAAGACGAUUUUUUUUUUUUUUUUUUGAGAUUUAAUUCGUUUCACUAUCCUAGGUCUUAUUGAUUCUAUUGUUUGCAAUCAGUUACAUCGUUUAACGUUCUCCUACGAUCUUGCUCCGUUACUGGAAUUUUUUCUCCGACUAAAAAUCUUCCGUUGCUUUCUCUUUCGUCUCAUUUAUUCAUCGUCUCGAAAAAGAGUAACGUAGUCUUUGUACUUCUGUUACCCUCCUCUAUGCAGAGAGUGGGAGAGAGAUCUUUCACCCCUUUUUCUGUCCAUAUCUGAUUCAUCGUCUUUAGAUUUCUCCUCUUCCUUCAAAUAGCUUCAAGUUUCUGAUUUUGCUCUCUUGCCAAUAACAAAUUUCCGGAGACUGAGGUUUCCAUUGAGUGAUAUUGUUCCUGGUGACCUUAACCGUAAUCAGGACAUGGCUAACCGAACAGACAACACGAAUCGCUGUUCGAAUGGUAAAAAGCUGAAUGAUGGAAUGAAACUCCUUAUAGCAACAUUCGUAGGAAUAAUUCUCGGUUUCUUCUUGGGGAUAUCUUUCCCUACAUUGUCACUAACAAAAAUGAAUUUCCCAUCUAGCAUUCUUCCUUCUGUUGAUAUUGCUUACGUAGAAGAUGAGACACCGGAAACAUCUAGUGAAACGCUUUUGAACACAUGGUCAUCUAGGAGUCCUUUACAUGGGGCUAAUUCGAGUGAUGCACCGCAUUGGAAGAUUUGGGUUCCAUCGAAUCCCCGAGGUGCAGAGAUGUUGACUCCUGGUAUCAUUGCUGCUGAAUCAGAUUAUUACUUGCGCAGACUUUGGGGAUUACCUGAGGAGGAUUUGCCUGUGAAGCCAAAGUAUCUCAUUGCUUUUACUGUCGGUCUUGGUCAGAAAGUAAACGUUGAUGCUUGUGUCAAGAAGUUUUCAGAAGAAAACUUCAGCAUUGUUCUGUUUCAUUACGAUGGACGAACCACCGAAUGGGACGAAUAUGAAUGGUCCAAGCGCGCAAUACAUGUUAGCGUGCCAAAGCAAACCAAAUGGUGGUAUGCUAAAAGGUUUCUGCAUCCUGACAUCGUGGCGCCGUAUGACUACAUAUUCAUCUGGGAUGAAGACCUCGGCCUUGAAAACUUCAGUGUAGAAGAGUACAUCAGGCUUAUAAAGAAACACGGUCUAGAGAUAUCGCAGCCUGCUGUGGAGUCUAAAAAAAAGAUCACAUGGGAGAUAACAAAGAGAAGAACCAAGGGAGAAGUUCACAAAGAAGCCAAGGAGAAACCGGGACGAUGCAACGACCCUCACUUGCCUCCCUGUGCAGCGUUUAUAGAGAUUAUGGCUCCAGUAUUCUCAAGGGAUGCGUGGCGUUGCGUGUGGCAUAUGCUUCAGAAUGAUUUGGUUCACGGUUGGGGUCUUGAUUUUGCGCUCCGUAAAUGUGUCGAGCCUGCACAUGAGAAGAUAGGAGUUGUGGAUUCUCAAUGGAUCAUUCAUCAAACUAUUCCUUCUUUAGGCAGCCAGGGAGAGGCACAAGACGGUAAAGCAGGUUGGCAAGGGGUGAGAGACAGAUGUAAACGGGAAUGGACGAUGUUCCAAAGCCGAAUGGCGAGUUCCGAGAAGAAGUAUCUCGAGGAAAUCGCAGCCGCGUCUUCAAACUCUACGGUUCAUUAGCAGAAGAAACUAAACAAAACAGAGAGACAAGAGAGGGCUGUAAU